CGCCCUCUGGGAGUCCGGCAGGCUCGUCCCGCCCCCUCCCCUGAGUGACAGGACCGUGGACAGCAACAUUUCCAGCCGGACACGUAGUUGGUCGGCCCUUGCGUUGGCUGAACUGAGUAAGAAAAAGCUAUCAGAAUAUUAUUAUUGGUGGAAUUGAAUUUGCCAGGAAUGCGAGCACAGCUUCCUCAGUAGAGAUCUUGCCUUUGGAAACGUCUCACCUCUUGGCAGCUCUCCAGAGUUCAGACUUGGCAGCCUCAAGGACAAAGCUCAAGCAGGCAUCUUGGAGAUCAAAGAUGGGCAGAAAAGAUGCCUCCACUAUAAAACUUCCUGUUGAUCAGUACAGAAAGCAAAUUGGUAAACAGGAUUAUAAAAAAACCAAACCUAUUUUACGAGCAACUAAAUUAAAAGCAGAAGCAAAGAAAACAGCAAUUGGCAUAAAGGAAGUUGGCCUUGUGCUGGCAGCUAUAUUGGCCCUCCUGCUGGCUUUCUAUGCUUUCUUUUAUCUCAGACUGUCCUCAGAUGUUGACCCUGAUCUGGAACCAGAUGAAGAUUAGUUGAGCAGCAAUCAAUACAUGAAAAGGAAAUAAUUUUUUAAAAGCACCUCUAGGGACCAAUACUUUCUGAAGUACUGAGACAGCAAGAUCUUGAAUUUUUUUCUGCUGGUAUUUUCAGUUUGCAGAAAUAUCUUUUUAAGUAGUUGCGUAGGAUAUCAAGAAAAGAACCUUUCCUAGCAAUGUAGUAUAAUAUGUGUGCUACUAGAUACUCUUAUAAAUCUUUCUACUUUGACAGGCAACCUAUUCAUGGUGCAUUUUGAUAAAAUGGGAAACAGAUCCUAAAUUCUUCGGAUGUCUUAGGCAAUUUAUGUGUAUAACUCCAUCACUUGCAGAUUACCAAAUCUGUUUUGUUCCGUAUACAUCAUGAGUAGAAGUAUAUAUCCGCAUUUCCAGAAGCAUUCUCUAGUCACAUUCAGCGCCUAAAAAGGAAUGAAAAGUCAUGGGAAAUAUUUCAUUUUACAAAGAAGCCCUGCUUUCUUUCCAGACGUAUUUUAUAUCAUUAGAGAGACUAUCUGCACAUACAUCUACAGUAAUCUUUUUCUUUCUUUGCCAACUGUUCACUGCACAUGUGCUCCAUCAGAAAUGGCACCUGGAUGACAGAAGCUCAAAGAGUCACAUAUGUCUCUAAAAUAGAGUUCCUUUCCUCUUGGGCUGUCUGAACUGGUGUAAAUAGAAAGUUCAGUUGAUCUUGAUUUUAAUUAACUUAUUACUCUACUAAUAUAAACUUGGAAUCCUUUUUUAAUUAUGUUGUUCUGGCUGCUUGCUGUAUCAGUUUGCCCCUCUUGUUAGGGAGUAACAAUCUGUCAUCUAAUUGUGCAGUCUUUUUCACACAACAGUAAUAGCAGAAGACCUACCUACUCAGAAACACUUUCUUGGGUUGCUCAUGUCUGAACAAUGCAAACUUGUUUUACAAAAUUGUGCUCUGCCUCUUGGGAAUUAAAUCAAUUAAGACUCUUUUGUGAAAAGUAAUAGAAGAAAAUAUGUGUCUUAUAUUACUUGCAUAUCGAGUUUUUUGUUUAUAUGAUUUUUCAAAGUGUUUUACAUUUGUUGGGUUAUAAUGACUAACGUAUUCAAUAUUUUUUACUGGUAAUCAAUUUUUAAAAUAUUUUUACAGCACACAAAUACAUUAAGCUUAGAAAAUGGAAAAGUAUGUGUCCACACCAGAGUCACUAGUUACUACCUUAUACAAAUCUGUAUAGAAAAUGAAUAGUUUGCAACAUGUUCAUAGGGUGAUUUAUAGUGUAUUUAUAAAGAGUAAAUAAAAUGUUAAGAUUGUUUCCAUACUCACCAAGAGAACAAAGUUUUGAUAAAUAUCUUUGAGACUUUUGCGGAUAGUUGAAAGUGGCUGUAUAGCAUUUUGUUCUAUAGAAUUUUUUCAAGUAGUAUAAUUUAUUUCAUCAGCGUGAAAACAGCCAAAAGAUCCAGUAUCCUCAGAGAUCCUUUAUGUCAAACAGCUGAGGGCAGAAUUUAGCCAAUGCUAUUUACUGGAUUCUUCCCCUUGAAAUCACAAACUUAAGAGACAGACCAAGAGUUCCUAUAUACUCACCAUAGUGGACCAAUCCAAGUGGCAUUUUUAGGAAAGGUUGCAGCAUUUAAUGCCAUGUGGUAUGUCUGUUUGUGAAGUGGGUGGCAAGGGAAUAUCCAAGCUGGCAUUUUGGAUAUGAUGGGUCUUUUACUUUCCUGAGUGACAUGCCACAUGUCAAGAAAUACUGUUUUCCCUUACUCCUAUCACAUUUACGUGAACAAUUUUCAUUUAGUUAUUUUCCCUCCCAUCUGGUGCUAAAUGCAGUCAUAUUAAAUAAAGAUUAUUUCUAAUUUCAGUGGUAAUUUAAAUGCAAGGAUAUGUAAUACUUGUUUAUUAGAUACCUAUCCAAGUGAGAUAUAACAGAAUUUAUAGUAUUUAAAAUACAUGAUUAUACUCUUAGAAAUGUUUGAAAAUUCAUUCCCCUGAAAAAAUAAUUUAUUAUCCUGUUCUACCGUUGAGGUAUUCCUUGGGAGAAAAUGUUGUUUUUGAUAGUAAUGAAUAUUAGGCUAAACACAGUAUGAUUAUAGACAAGUUUCAUUACAUAGUUUUACCAAUACUCUGAGUCUAUGGCUAGUCUGUUUGUAUGACUGACUGACUGAUGGUAAGUUCUAAGAGCUAAAUUCUGAUUUUAAUAAAUAGCAGGUAAAGUGAGACAGUGUAUGUUUACAAAACACUAUUUUCGUGAAGUCCACAUUUGUCAAACUCACCUUAGUUAGAAAGCAGCAGUUUUUUAUAGAGAAAUCCCAGGUUGAAGUCUAGUUUGAAUCUUUGAAGGCAGAGGUGUUAUCCGGCCUACAGCUUCAGGGCACUACACUUUUGAAUAGUGAGGGGUAUUUGGUGUAAGUCUGAGACUGGCACCAGACAAAUUUUAGGAGUGGGUUUUUCCCCUGCAAUAAUUCAUCACUCAGAGUAAUUCAGAAGACAAAAACAGAAAAAUGUAAUUACUUUUCAGAACGUUUGAAUCUGUUUAACAUGCUGUUUCUGCAGGAAAAAAUAAUUUCAACUAAUGCAGCUGGACUUAAUGUACAACCUAGGAAAUAUUGUGAAUGAAGUGAAAAUGGUUACUGCAUCUUAUCUUGCAUGCAAAAUAAAGAAAAUGUAAAUUCAUCUGAGAGGAGAUGUAAAACUAUUACCUCAUCUAGAAUUUCUUUUGAAACAAAUGUACUAAAAGCUUAUUUUAGUACUAGUAUGAGGUUUGUUGUUUUAAGGUGACAAAAUACUUGAAGAUUUUCUAAUCUUUUUCAAUUUUUCAUAAAAUAGAAAUAUUUCCAUCUCAACUGAUGAUUACAAAGUCCUGAGAAUAUAUUCUUAUUCAUUUCUGUAAUUUCAGUAGUGUAAUGAUCUGCAUAUAUUUAAUAAAUGCAUGUUAAAAUUAAUCUCUUUUAGUCUUCUCAGAGCCUGGUGCAGUUUUUGCAUGUGAUAUAUGGUUUAAAAUUAUUUGAAUUUAAUAAAUAAAACUUAAAAUCACAAUAUUUUUCAACUCA